GCAGCAGCAGCAGCAGCAGCAGCGCGUAGAGGGCAGAGCGAGGGCUGGGGGGGGCCUACUAUGCGCGGCCCCCACCCCUUUGGUCCCCUGCUCACGUCCCGCGCCCGCGGACUUUCGGGAUAGAGACCUCAAGGCGGCCGUGGCCGCUAUGAUUGUCUGGGCGGCCCUGGGCCUCCUCUGCCUGCAGCUGGCGCUGGGGCAAAGCAUACCUGAGCCAGGUGAGUACGCGCCUGGGACUGGGGCCCCUGCCACACGCCCCCCAGCUGCCCAGGGUGACCUCCUCUUCUCUGACAGCUCAGCUAGCGCUCUCUACUACGAAUUCUCUCGGGUGAAGGAGUUUGUGGGGCAGUUGGUACAGCUGCUUCUGAGUCCAGGGGCCGUGCAGACCAGCAUGGUACAUGUGGGCAGUAAGCCCACCGUGGAGUUCCCCUUUGACCAACACCGCUCCGGGGCUGCCGCCCAGGAGGCCAUCCGGGCGGCCAAGCAGCUAAUGGGCGAUACCAACACUGGCCUGGCCCUGGAGCUGGCCAAGGAACAGCUAUUCACCACCAGGGCGGGAGCUCGGCCCGGCGUGAGCAAGGUGCUGGUGUGGGUGACCGAUGGCGGCUCCAGUGACGAUGCGCAGGCCCCCAUGCGGGCUCUCAAGGACCUGGGGGUGACGGUUUUCAUCGUCAGCACUGGCAGGGGCAACUUCCUGGACCUCUCUGCCGCUGCCUCCCAGCCCCCGGAGAAGCACCUGCGCUUUGUGGAUGUGGAUGACUUGCAAAUUAUUGUCCCCGAGCUGCGGGGCUCCAUCCUUGAGGCAAUGCGGCCCCAGGAGCUCCACGCCACUGAGGUCACAGCCCAUAGCUUCCGCCUGGCCAUGGCCACCCCUGCUGUCGGGGUUGACUCUGGCUACUACCUGCUGGAGGUGGCCCCCAGUGCUGACCCUGGCUCCAAGCAGAGCCGCCCACUUGCCGGGAAUGAGACCAGCUGGUUGUGGGACGGCCUGGAACCCAGUACCUCCUACAAGGUGGUCUUGGUGCCCGAGUCCAACCUGCAGUACCUGGCCCCACAGACCACCCAAGUCACUACUCUGGAAGAAGAGGUCAGCCCAGCCCGGAUCCUCAUCUCCCACUCGAGACCUCAUAGCUUUCACGUGAGCUGGGCCCCGACACCUGUGGGUGUACUCCGCUAUGACGUCCUGUAUGGCCCUUCUGCCUGGGGGGGAGGCCAAGCUGCUCAAGGUGCCUGCCACCCAGAGAACAGCACCACACUGGACAACCUGUCCCCCAACACCACCUACCUGGUACACCGUGGCUGCAUCUAUCAGUCUGGCCAUGAGAAAGCUCUGUCAGCUAAGGCUUGUACACAAGAAGUGGCCUCCAAGAUUGGGCGCCUCUACUUUCAGAGCCUGGGUCCUAGCACCGUGAAGGCCUCAUGGGACUCGGCCCAGGGAGACGUCCAGGGCUACAGGGUACGGUGCCGGCGGCAGGUGGGGCCCCCGUCCCUUCUCAGCGUGUCACCACAGACCCACAGCGUCAUUCUCACGGGCCUGGCCGCCGGCACCACCAACCACGUGUGUGUAACACCCAUCUACCAGAGCCACGCCGGGCCUCGGCGCUGCCAGACCAUCCACAUGCACCCUGUCACACCAGCUCCUGAGUAUCGACCCACUUAGCCACACCCCAUGAUGCCCUUCGUCCCAAAUAACAGAGGAGAGCCGAGACUUUCCAUUGGAAGCAGACCAGAGGGAGAGCACUGGGCCGAAGAGACUGGGGAGAGAAGAAGGAAUCUCUGUGGCUCUUUGGUCCCUCUGAGCCCCAUCAGUUCUUCCCCAUCCCUUGCAAGGGCACCUCCCCCCAGCAGGUCAGCAGUCAGCUUGGGCCAGCUUGGGCGGUCCCUCAAGGACUUGGUCCAAAGCCCGUGAUGCUGGUGGCUCGGCUAAGGACCCAAGCCUCACUCUCUUCUCUCUUGUACUAACACAAUGUGGUUGAUAACCUGCCCAAAGCAAAGAGCUGAGGAGGAGGUGGGAAGGUAUUGGCCUGAGACCUUGUCUCUAUUUUCCUAGGCCUGGUUUCCCUAGAAGACAGGGGAGAUGGGGAUUGGUUGGGGAAGCUGAGCAGGGCUGGCCUGAAUGUCGGCAGAUGGGGGACAGUGGAAUGACCCCUGCCCUCUCAAAUUUGUCCCCUCUUUUUUUUUUAAAUUUGUCCCCUCUUAAUCCUAAAGGUUUCCCCCAACAUGAGAUUCCCCCCCCCCAGUUAGGACUCCAUCCAUCCCUUUCCUUAGAUGCAGGUUUCCUCCCCAUCUCUGACAAGGGGUCUCCAGGAGGUCACUAACACCCAAGGGUGCAAGAAUUGCAUCAGAUUUUUUUUUCCCAAGGAGAGCAGCCAAGGACAGGACCACUAAGAGGGGCUCACAUUUGAGGCAGGAAAUACAUCUUUAUUUUUUAAUUAAAAUUAAAUUAAAAAUCCAAUUCUUCCCUGGGUUGUCGUGGCUGGUCAGCUGGGUUAGGUGACAGAGGCAGAUGCUGUCACUAGGUCUGUACUUGACCUGAGCUCCAUGCCAGGAUCUAAGGUCACCUCUGUGCCAAGCAAGAUGGAGAAAUCUUCUGGGUCAACUCUACCAAGGCUUAAGUGUCUGUCAUGGACUGGGACACUAGGUGAAUGAGUGCCUGCCCUCAAGGAGGUUAUGUUCUAUUAGAGUCAUUGGAAGGGUCUACUGGAGGUCUUCGUAUUGGAGUAAAAAUCCAACUGAUGCGGUCACUUUGUCAAGAGACUUCCCCAGGGUGGGGGCAGUGGGAGAUGUCUGUGUUUUCCAGUGUUCUGCCCCUCCCCUCCCUACAAAGGGUUCUGGCUUCUCUUGCACUCUGCUACCCUGUUCUGUAUAGUUCCCCUUUUGGUACAGUGGAAUGGCCCCGGGGUGCUUAUCCCUCCCCAGCUCAUGCUAAGUCGGGCUCCAAAGGGAGAGCUCUGUGUUCAAAUGCUAAGCCAGUGGAUUUCACAUUCACGUACUGGGUUUGCACAGGCUGUCCUGAACUAACUGAAUGCUUCUUUGUGCCUUGUUCCCCACUGAUGUAACAGACUUUGAAAUGACAAUAAAUUAAGCCAACACA